CAGUCAGUCAAACAGGCAGGCCAACCUUUUGCCGUUGUCGUUGUCGUUGUGGUCUGUCGUAUUUGUUGUCGUUGUCGUUGUCGUGAGCUAAGAAUCAACGUCGCAAUGUGAAAACAAGAUUCGCCAUCGCGCAUUACUGUGGUUCCCGUUCUCCGCGAUUUGGAUUCGUUAUGCUCUUUUGAGGUUUUCAUUAGUCAUACAGGCCAAAAAGUUUCACAUAUUUAUGUAUAUUUCCCUUUGAUGUGGCUUGCAGACCUAUAUAUAAUAAAAUGAAACUAAAAAUAAACAAACUGUAAAACCUCUUCUGAUUUGAACAUUCUCAGCAUAAAAGCGAAAAAGCAAUGAAAAUAGCAAAUAAAAGAACAUUAGUGCGCCAAAAAAGUUAAAAGCCAAUAAAUAAAUUUUGUUGGGCAUCUCGUUCAAUGCAGUUUAAACCAAAUCUCUGUUUGUUCAACGAAUAAUCCUCAAUACAUGUUUAUUGCAUUAUAGUUAAGAGGCGUGCAUUAAUUAACACAAACCGGGCAACAGAAAAUAAAGUAAACAAAAUACAUUGAUCAAUAUAAAAAUGGCUGAAUCAACAACAACAACUACUACUCCUGAAGAUGGUCAAAUUCAUGGCUACAACAAUAGUGAUAACGACACUGGCGAUUCGUGUCAUUUGCGCGUUGUUGUGCUUGGUGGCAAGUCCUUGGCCAAAAAGGAUAUAUUUGGCGCCAGUGAUCCAUAUGUCAGAAUCGAUUUGAAUACAAUCAACGGAGACAUAAAUAUUGACUCGGUUUUAACUAAAACUAAAAAGAAGACAUUGAAUCCAUCUUGGAACGAGGAGUUCAUAUUCAGAGUUAAACCGUCUGAGCAUAAGCUUGUUUUUCAAGUAUUUGACGAGAACCGUUUGACACGCGAUGACUUUCUGGGCAUGGUGGAGCUGACACUGGUGAAUCUACCCACGGAGCAGGAGGGACGCACGAUCGGAUCCCAGAGUUAUACGCUGCGUCCGCGCAGGUCAGUAGGCGCUAAAUCACGCAUCAAGGGUACACUGGAGAUAUACCAUGCCUUUAUACGCGAAACACGCGAACCAAGCGAACCGUCGAGCAACAACAGCGAUGGCGAAUGGGAGCAUGUGGAGGCUACAAAUGCGGGUGAAGUGUCCUCACAGCCGCAUCCCUUUCCUAGCGGUGGUAAUGAUGCCUUGCCUGCUGGCUGGGAGGAGCGACAGGAUGCAAAUGGACGCACAUAUUAUGUGAAUCACACAGCGCGUACAACGCAAUGGGAGAGGCCAACCAUCUUGACAAGCAACAACAGCCAAAACGUUGAUCAACUGGCCUCAGAUUUCCAAAGACGUUUUCACAUUAGUGUGGAUGAAACGGAACCAGGACGCGGGGCGGAUGUAGAGGACAAUAACAAUACAACUCCAACGACAGCAACAACACCAACAAUAAUCUCACGCAAUCAGUCACAAGCCUCAGUUAACACAACGAAUAACAACAACAGCAAUGAUGAUGGGGAUGAUGAUGGCCAAACUGAGGUACACCCAACACAAAUGGUGGAUCAUGCCAGUUUUGUUUACAAUUCACUGCGACAUCCCAAUGAUCGUAGAGAUCCAGAAAUCUCAGCCACCAGUUUGCAAAAUGAUUUGCGACCGGUGCAUGAAGCUCCCAGCGGUCUUGUUAAUAUGGCAAUCACAAAUCUCUUAACUCGACGCGCUGUUGAUCACAGUUUGGGCCGCCAUCAGUUGGACAACAGGCAGCAGCGACGACGCCAGAUACAGCAGUUAAAUAGACACUUGAGUGAAGACACCGAUCACACAGACAGCCACAAUCCCUCAGAGAUCUCAGCUCCGUCCACACGACGAAAUUCCGAGGAAGACAACGCGGCUGUGCCUACGGAUCAAACCGCAGUCAAUGAGGAGGAAGCAUUACCACCGCGCUGGUCCAUGCAGGUGGCGCCCAAUGGACGUACGUUCUUUAUCGAUCAUGAAGCACGCCGCACCACUUGGAUUGAUCCACGCAAUGGUCGCGCCAGUCCAAUGCCAAAUCAAACACGUCGCGUUGAGGAUGACCUGGGACCUCUGCCCGAGGGUUGGGAGGAACGCGUACACACGGAUGGUCGCGUGUUCUACAUAGAUCACAAUACGCGCACCACACAGUGGGAGGAUCCACGCUUGUCAAAUCCAAAUAUUGCCGGACAGGCGGUUCCAUAUUCGCGAGAUUACAAACAGAAAUAUGAGUAUUUCAAGAGUCAUAUUAGAAAGCCUACAAAUGUACCAAAUAAAUUUGAGAUACGUAUUCGCCGAACAUCGAUAUUGGAGGAUUCGUAUAGAAUUAUUAGUUCGGUGACUAAAACCGAUUUACUAAAGACUAAAUUAUGGGUAGAAUUUGAAGGAGAAACGGGCUUAGAUUAUGGUGGCCUUGCUAGGGAAUGGUUCUACUUGCUAUCCAAAGAAAUGUUUAAUCCAUAUUAUGGACUCUUUGAGUACUCAGCUAUGGAUAACUACACCUUGCAAAUUAACAAUGGCAGCGGUUUGUGUAACGAGGAACAUUUAAGUUACUUCAAAUUUAUUGGACGCAUUGCGGGCAUGGCUGUUUAUCAUGGCAAACUGUUGGAUGCAUUCUUUAUACGUCCCUUUUAUAAGAUGAUGCUACAAAAGCCAAUUGAUCUGAAGGAUAUGGAAUCUGUGGAUACGGAGUACUACAAUUCAUUGAUGUGGAUAAAGGAGAACGAUCCUCGCAUUCUGGAGUUGACAUUCUGCCUGGAUGAGGAUGUGUUUGGUCAGAAAAGUCAGCAUGAACUUAAGCCAGGUGGCGCGAACAUUGAUGUGACCAACGAAAACAAAGAUGAAUACAUUAAACUUGUCAUCGAGUGGCGUUUUGUGGCUCGUGUUAAGGAUCAAAUGACAGCCUUUCUGGAUGGUUUUGGUUCAAUAAUACCCUUGAAUUUGAUCAAAAUCUUUGACGAGCAUGAGCUGGAGCUGCUCAUGUGCGGCAUACAGAAUAUCGAUGUUAAGGAUUGGCGUGAGAACACAUUGUACAAGGGUGAUUACCAUAUGAAUCACAUCAUUAUCCAAUGGUUCUGGCGUGCGGUCCUUUCCUUCUCCAAUGAGAUGCGGUCGCGUCUGUUGCAGUUCGUAACAGGCACAUCACGCGUGCCCAUGAAUGGUUUCAAGGAGCUUUACGGCUCAAACGGUCCGCAAAUGUUUACAAUUGAAAAAUGGGGAACCCCCAACAAUUUCCCCCGUGCACAUACCUGCUUUAAUCGCUUGGACCUGCCACCCUAUGAGGGCUAUCUGCAGUUAAAGGACAAAUUGAUCAAGGCCAUUGAGGGCAGUCAAGGAUUUGCUGGCGUGGAUUAAUAACACUGGUCCUGUGUGCGACGGCGUUGGCAAUGUGGGUGACAGCACUAUGCUGUGGCAAACAGUUCAGCAGUUAUAUCAGGAGCAGCAACAACAUCAACAACAACGACGACACACAACAUCACAACAACAACGAGAUAGAGACCAUCAACUACAAUUACAACUGCUGCAACAACGAAACCGCAUUGCAAACACUUGGAACACCACCGCCAAUCACUCGUGUACUUAUUUGUUUGUCUGCUUUUGUAUUAUAAUCAUUUUUGCUAGUUUCGUA